AUGGCCCUCCAGACCAUUCGAAAGCUAAUGUCGAAGGCCGGCGCCGACUCCUGCAUGGAUGCACUGCCACCAGCGGAUUCCCUGACCUGGAUUGAACCUGCACUGGAUGAUGAGGAACUCCCAAGUCUGUUGAUCGGUAGCAUAGGCAACCGCAACAUACUUACUUAUCUGGUGCCAUCCGGCGGUGGUUGGGAGGUUCGCUACUGCCUCAGAUCCAUUGGCGAUGACAGCGCGACCUCGACGCUGCCACUAAUCACCGGAGAUGAGGCCAUUACGAAGCCUCUAAUCGUCCCGUUUAAACACUUUACAGAUGGAACGAAGACCAAAAAGCGGAUGCUUAGCAUGAUCAUACGUUACUAUUUCCUGUUGCAAGGUCAUAUAAGCAAAAUCGAUGCGUGGAACGAAGACUUUAGUCGGCGGUUAUCUUCUGUGCUGAGAAAGGCCUAUGGGAAGACCGAUGGGGGCCAUAAGACCUACAAGCGCCCCAGAGAAACAGGCGAGACCGUGGAGGAAAGCUCGGAGCCGGAAGACAUGGAAAGCCCGAAUGGCUUGCUGUCUACCAACGGAAAUGGCGUAGGACACGCACCUGAGAGCACCGUCACGUACGAUACCCCACAUGGUAUGAGCUGGGACGGAAAUCCAGACCUGCAACAACUAUGGGUGUACCUUGCUGACCGCGGCUCGUUGCGACUCUUGGAGAAUAUUCCCGAUGCUCAUGACAUGGAAUUCUUGGAUCAGACGUACAUCCUAGAGGCCCAGCCGAAGAAACUGUUUGUCGGAACUCAUGCGAAGACAGAGCACAGAAUCUAUGCCUACAUGGUACGACUAGUGCAGCGGGGUUUCCAUGAGAUCCGAUUUUACCUGGAAAGUGCUCGUGGUACCUACAUGUCAAUGUCCGCCGAAGCUACUGGGAAGCAGCGCAUCUUGCAUCCUUUCAGCAAAACUUACCCUAGAAGUACCGGUCCUAGCGAACAAGCUGAUCGAGCCAGAUUGACGCUCAUGAUCAAGUGGUAUUUUAUCGCAGCUGGAAUCGCUACGGACUGCGUCUUACACGAAACCAAGGCCUACCCCGAGCGUCUCCGCUGCGCACUGGAAUACAUCUCCGAUCAGAUGGGACCUGACGCCUUCAAAUCAUCGGGUACCGUACCAAUGGAUGGCAGUAUAGCAGAUGAGAGUAGCGACAGCUCCUACACCCCAGAGAAAGCCGUCCAAUCGACGCUGGCCAAUGAACCCACGCCUAAAGCGCCUCGCUUCCCGCAGAGCGUUGCGCGUAAAUCGGCCCCUUCAAUCGCACGUCGUACAAUCCCUAAUGCAACACCAGCGCAAAAGCCGCUGCCGAAGACCUCGUUUUCCAAGUCUGCCAGCCCCGAAGCAGAUGCAACACCCACAGCCCCGCCGCGCAACUCAAAGCGCUCGGCCGAAGACGAAGAGUUCGACGCCCUCACUAGGCUGGUCAUGCAGCAAAAUGCUCUGACGAAAGACCUCAACAAUGUUGAUCACGAAUUGGAGGUUAUGGAUGCGCGCUUCGAGGCUUUCCAGGAGAAAUGGAAACGAGAGCGCGCAGAGUUGGAGAAGAAGAGAGACGAGAUCCAAGAACGUAGGGCUGAGGUCAGGAAUAUGUUCAAGAGGCGGAGGACGCUCGAUACAGAGAGUGACUAA